CUACAAGACCACAUAAGAGAUGCUUACUCUGAACAACUGCCUCAUUGCAGUGCUAUUGCAAAGCGACCAUCCCAGUGGGAUGACUGUGUCACUCAAAACGGAGUUGGAGCUGUGGGCAUGUUUGCAGGCUAAAGUCAUGUCAUCUGAGACAUUUAAUUGGGUCUGAGCCGCCACGGGGGGACAGUGAACAGCAUUCCCGCUCUGCGUGCCUGAAAACUGAGUUUACUCCACUCCGCGUGGCUGCAGUCUGCGGAUAACACAUGCGUGCCGAGGCAAACUUAAGCUGUGGAUGACAUUAACAGCUGAGGCGAGCAAAGUGGACAUCUUUUCUUAAAUCUUACUAAUCACAAAAUAAUGAAGGGGUUUUGGUAAAAGUACAGAUUGAAGUAAGGAGACAUUAGUUUUUCUAUUUUUUGAUGAUCUGGAUUUGCUCAGGAGUGGCAACGGCUGACACAAGGGGGCAACAGGGAAGACCCCAAUCCCUCCCAAAUUGAGGAUUUACUUGGAUUUGAACUUUUCAGAAGCCUACAGCUUUUUCUGGCUUAGUUUGGAUCUGCUUCAGGGAUAAAUGAUCACCUCAACCAGAAGAGUGUCUCCUGAUAAAUCUGAAGUUAGAAUAGCCUUCAGCCUCGAUGACACAUCAGAUAUAAAAGAUGUGGAAGAUCUUUCACAGGCCUUCCCUGACCUUGAACAACGUUUACAGCCUGUGCCGCCUUGCAUGUCCCUAAGAGAGAGUGUUCAGGUGUACAAAGAGCACUGCAGGAUGGCCAGAGAGUUCCAUCAUGUAAAACACGAGAUCUCUGUCCUCGAGGAACGCAAGCGAAAGCUGCUGGCGGAGUUGGUGGAGGAUGAGAAGGUUGCUGUAGAGAUCGCCCGUCUCGAUGAGGAGUUUCAGCGCUUAACAGAGGAGAACCACACACUGGUGACCCUCCACAGUGAGCGCAGGGAGCAGCUGGAGAGGCUUUGCCUCACCAAUCGAACAAGGCAAGACCCCUCUUGACCUCCUACUUCCCAGAACCUGAGUCUAUCAGACUUUCAGCUGACACCAGACCAGCGACCAGCAGACUGUUUUCAUGUGCAGUCUUUGAAUUGUCUAAUUACACUGACAGGACCGUUUCUGUGGAUGAUCUGAGUCAUUUGCGUGAACCUCAGAUGUACGCUUGUCAUCACUGAGAAGUUGUUAGAGUGAUUCUAGUCAGCAAUGAUAGAUUUUUAGGGUGCUGUUUUUAUUUUUUUAUUUGCUGAGCCAUACUGGUCAUAAUAACAGAGAACAAUGUAUUGCAAAAGUAUUUAUAUCAUGUAAACUUUUUUACAUUUGGUCAGGUUAUAAUCGCAAAAUUCAAUGUAUUUUAUUUAAACUUUAAGUGAUAGACCAACCCAUUUGGAUUGCACUCAAACUAAUUCACUUUCAUAACAACAACAACAUACAGUUGGCUUCAGGUGUCAAUCAGUAAAUCGCAGUCAAUUUGCGUAAUGUGCUUUUUUAUUCAAUCUCUCUGAAUCAAAAUUUUUUUUAAUCAUUUUUCAGUGCAUUUAAAAUUGUAAGUCAUUUGGGUCUUUGGAGAUGUUGAGUGUAUUUUAUCAAUCAAAAUAGGUGUGCACUUCGACUAGGACCUUCUAAAACAUAACCCCAAACAUUUCCCUUUUUGCUUAGAUUGUAUGCUUAUGUUUUUUGCAGCAUCUAAUAUGAUUUUAAAAAAAUGUUUUGCUCUGUUUUGAAUUCCAAAGAAAACCUAUACAAAAGGAAGACACUGCCAACACCCUGUUUCACAGUGGACAGUGGACAUGGCGUGUUGAGGUCGACUUGUAUCUUAACCAUACAUUGUGCAUACAAUGUACGCCAAAAGGUGCUAUUACAGUCUAAUCUGACAAGAACAGCUUCUUAUACAAGUUUACCGUCCCCCUAAAUGACCUGUGAAACUUCUAUGGCUCUCUAAAAACAAUAAUUUUCUUUCCACCAUUCUAUAAGAGCUCAAUUUGUGGAAUGUGCCACUUUAUUUUAUCAACAAAUUCUCCCAUUUUAGCUGUUCAUCUCUGGAGCUCAUCCAAAGUUAACAUACGCUUCUUAGCUGCUGUUCUCAGUCCUCAUUCUGCCCAUUUUGUGGUGGGUUUGAGGUCUUGAUUGAUAGGUUGAACAGUUUUAAAGUCAUCAAAUGCACUGGAUUUUUUCGAGGUAUUGGAAUAAAAGGGGGCAAAGUAUAAAAAGUCGUACUUUAAAUUUUUUGAUUUCUAAAAAAAAAAUUUCCAAAAAAAAUGUGCAUCAGUUUCCUUACUUUACAUAACCAUGAGCUGCUUUGAGUUGGUCAGUCACAUAAAAUCCCAGUAAAAUAUAUUGAAUUUUGUUACUGUAACAUGACAAAUGUAAAAAAAAAAACAUUAUGAGUUUUAUGAGUCAAGCCUACUUAUGCAGCUUGAGUGACUGUAACCUGAUGUUGUAAAGCAAAUUCAGGUCCUGUGGAAAGUCAGAUGCUUCAUCUAAGGGAGCUAAAAAUGGUGGGCUAUGGUCCAAAAUGUUAUCGCAAAUUUCAGUGUUAAAAACUGUGAGGGAAAUUAAAUUACCAAACUCUUUGGAAGGAAUUACGAGAAUGAAAAAAAAUAUAUAUUAGUAGUAUCCGCUGCCAGAGUUGUAAAUGAUCAUUUACAUUUUGUGAUCAGUGGUGUCAGUGGAAUAGUGUUAUCCUGUAAAUAGGAAAGUAAACAACAUUAACUGCUGUUUCUUUUCCUCUGAUAAUAAAAAGACAUUUUAUUGUAACAACA